AUGCAGAACAUGUCGAGGCGCUUUGGUCGCAUGACGACGAAGUCGUCUGCAGAUGAUAGCCAGAUUGCUGUGCUUCUAAAAGAUUUCGACGAUGCAGAUAUGCUCUUGGGCAAGAUCGUGGAAUCCACCCAAGCCUGGCGUGAUGCUUGGAUCUCUAUCGCAACUUACCAGAGUCGCCUCGUCGAGGAGUUCGACGGACUCUAUGGUCCUAUCAUUGGCUCCUCAGAAACCCCCUCCAACCACAAAGCUGUGGAUACAGACCCCGUCAGAUUAGCGCGGACAAACCGACUGCGGAAGGAAUAUGAUGAGCUACGUACCGAUCUCUUGGAGGAACUCGGUGCCGUCGAUACUCGCAUGUCCCAGCCGGCUGCGCGGGCUAAGGAAUCACUUGCGCCGAUGAAAAAGACGAUCAAAAAGCGAAAUGACAAGAAGCCAAAGCGCAGUGAUCGCGAAAAUGUGAGCCUAGCCAAAGCGGAGGCAGAACUUGCCAAUACGAAAGAGGCUUACCAAGCUGCCGACCAUGAUCUACGACAGCGACUCCCAACAUUGGUCGCUCUCAUAUUCUCCCUGACGCCAUACAUUCUCGAAGCACAGGUCGAGAUCCAAAACCGCAUGCUUGCGCACUAUUACACAGUGCUUCAUACCUAUUGUGAAGAAGAAGGAUUUCCCUCCCCGCCACCAGCCAUGGAACAAGUUGUCCAAGACUGGGAGUUUGCCUUCAAACCCGUGCAAGCCGAAAUAGAAAGCUUCGGUUCCCUGACCCAAGGCAAGGCCAUGCGUCGAGCCGCCACCGACCAAGAUAACAAGAAACGCCCAUCAAAUGGAAGUCGCGUUCCCAGCACUGCCUCGUCGGUCUCACUCCCAGCUUCUUUCCGCCGGGGAUCGCAAACUCCAGGAUCGUCGAGCCAGACUCCCUGUGUAUCAGAAUACCCUCCAUCUCCGCCCCUGUCAACAAUUAGUCGCAAGAGCAGCGCAAUUCCUGUUGGAAACGCCGCAGGAUCCCAGCCCCUCUCAACGGGCGGCGACUACUUCGACCCACCUCGUCCGGCAUUCAUGCCGACUCCACAAGCCACUCCCAUUUCAUCAGGAGUGGUGAGAUCACCCGCCGGUCCAAACAUAGACUCUUUCCAGGCCAAGGUAUCACCCUUGACUGCCGCCAUAGGGAAGAAAAAGCCCCCGCCACCACCGCCGGCAGCUUCCCGUCCAGUGUUUGUCACGGCGCUGUACGAUUUUGAUGGUCAGGGAAACGGUGAUCUGAGUUUCCGAGAAGGGGACCGCAUUCGCGUCGUGCAAAAGACUAAUAGCACAGACGAUUGGUGGGAAGGUGAGUUGAGAGGGCAGAAGGGACCGUUCCCUGCCAACUAUGUUGAGUAA